AGCAAAAGCAAUGUGAGAAGGUACAAUAAGAGGAAAUUGGAAGUGAAAUUGGAAUCGUGACAAAUGCAGAAAAUGAAGAGCCUUGGGGGAAAUGGCAGCAGUGGGAGGCUAUCAAUGGAGGAGAAUGAGGAUGAAGAGACUUCGAGACUGGCCAUAUUAACCUUCCAAGCUAGAGAAGAGGAGAUUGAGAGGAAGAAGAUGGAAGUGAAGGAGAGGGUUGAACUUCAAUUAGGUCGUGCGGAGGAAGAAACUAGGCGCUUGGCACAAAUUUGGGAAGAGCUUGAAGCAAUGGCAGAUCCGAUGAGGAAGGAACUUGCAAAUGUAAGGAAGAAAAUCGACAUGGUUAAUCGAGAGCUGAAGCCCUUGGGACUCAGCUGCCAGAAGAAGGAAAAAGAAUACAAGGAAGUCCUGGAGAGCUUCAAUGAAAAGAACAAAGAAAAGGCUCAACUUGUAACCAUAAUGAUGGAGCUUCUGACUGAGAGUGAGAGGUUGAGGAUGCAAAAGCUAGAGGAGCUGAGCAAGAACAUAGAACUAUCACAUUGAAACACCCUGAUGCUUCAGUGGACUACCUUCUAAUUUCUAUAUGCUAUUCUUUUUCCUUAGAUAAAUACUAUUAUUAUCUCUUUGAAUGAGCAAGUAUGGAUGUAAUAAAAUUCUGGGUAUACUGUUAGAGUUCAAUAUUGUAACCAAGUUGACUUUUUGGCCGUG